GUUGCUGCGGGACGAAAACGGUUCCGCGGGGAUGGAGUGUGUGAGAUGGUCCGGGAAGAAAAAGAGACGGAGAACCGAGGACUGAAAACACGGUCCCGUUCCGAGUUCAGGUGAAGUUCACGUCCAAGAGCUGCAACCAGAGACAGGAUGAUCCGUCCACUGCUGAUGUGCUUCGUCCUCUGCGUGGUCUAUGGCAGCAGUAAACCGACAGAGAAGAAGGAUCGAGUUCACCACCAAGAACCACUCAGCCACCUCGAACACGAUGACAGCAAAAACCACGACUAUGACCACGAAGCUUUUCUCGGCCAAGAGGACGCCAAAACCUUUGACAGCCUCUCGCCAGAGGAGAGUACACGGAGACUGGGCAUAAUCGUGGACAAAAUCGACAGCAACAAAGAUGGUUUUGUUUCUGAGAAUGAAAUGAAGGUUUGGAUUAACAACGCUCACAAGAAACACAUUUACAACAGCGUGGAGUCUCAGUGGAAAGACUUUGAUAUGAAUAACGAUGGCUUGAUCAGCUGGAACGAGUACAAGAACGUCACCUAUGGGAGUUACCUGGAGGACCCUCAGCUGGACACAGAGUUUAAUUACACUCGCAUGAUAAUACGAGACGAGAGACGAUUCAGAGUCGCAGACAAAAACAGAGAUAUGGUUGCAGACAAACAAGAGUUCACUGCUUUUCUUCAUCCAGAAGAUCAAGAACAUAUGAAGGACAUUGUUGUGCAGGAAACAAUGGAAGACAUUGAUAAGAAUGGUGAUGGUUUCAUUGAUCUGCAGGAGUACAUCGGUGACAUGUAUGCUUCACAGGAGGGCACAGAAGAUCCAGAGUGGGUUGUGUCAGAACGUCAGCAGUUUUCUGAGUUCAGAGACAAAAACAAAGAUGGAAAGAUGGACAAAGAGGAAACUAUGGACUGGAUUCUUCCGUCUGAUUAUGACCACGCUGAAGCUGAGGCCAAACACCUUAUGCAUGAGUCAGACGCGAACCAGGAUGGAAAACUCUCCAAACAGGAAAUCCUCGACAAACACGAAGUGUUUGUUGGAAGUCAGGUGACGGAGUACGGUGAGGCAUUACUACGACACGACGAGUUCUAGAGACAUCUCUGUUUUUUAGACAGAAAACAUGAAUGAAUUCUUGUUUGUGAAGAAUAAUUGAUUUAGUGAACACACGAAAACUUUUGAAGAACUUUGUUCUGUGUUUACAUUUGGAGUUGAAAAUGUUGAGACUUCUGUUACAUCAGAUGAUGUUUGCUUUGUUUCUGCUCUUCACUCAGUUCGAAAUCGAGUGAAGUGUUUUUAUUUUUCUUGUUUUACUGCUGUUGUCACUUUACUCAACUCUCCUCUCUGUUUUUACCUGUAACCUUUAUGCUUACAUAUUUCUUUCAUUUUUGUUGGUGCAAUGAGGGAUUUCUGAUCACUAUGUAAAAAAAAACAAAAAAAAAAACAAGAACUUUGAUUUCACGAGACAUGUAAUGAAGUCAAGGGAGCUGUAAAUGAAGAAGUCAAUACUUAAAAUAAUUGUUACUCUAUAGUUUUAUAUCAUUGCAAAAGUAAUAAACAAGAGUUUGACUUGAAUUUGCACACAGUCAGAAAGUCAUUUAUUCAUAUUUUGGAUUUGAUGCUACACAGCCUGUUUAUCAAUAAAAAUCUGAAGUUUAAA